UUUACACUAUUUUCUUACAAUGUAAAAAUACGAAUAAAGUUUAUUAUUUUAGAAAUGACAGCAAUUGUAUGUGUAAUUAUCUAGAUUCUACAGAAAAGAUACAGAUUCACUUGCUAAAUACAAUUAUCAGAUAUGUUAUCACAAGUAGAGGUAAGCUUGUGCUACACCCUUUUCAGUAUGAGUAACAGCAACCAUGCUGUGAUUACUUAAGUAUAAAAUAUCUUUGGUGUGAAUUAAAUUUUACCAGACAGAAUGUCUAUUCAUUUGUGUUUAACUAUUUUUUAUUUCUUAUUUAUGAUAUCGAAUUCUAUGUGUAAUAUAUGUUUAACAUGUUCAUGUACAACUACAUGUAAGUAGUAGUUGAAUGAUGGAUCAAUAAUAGAUUGUCAUGCAAAAAAUUUAGGAAGCAAUGAUGUACUUCAUUAUUACUUAUUAAUGUUGAAUGAAACUCAAUCAUUUGACAAACUUAUUUUGUCAAAAAACAAUAUAGUUAAUUUAUCAGAACAUUUAAUGAAAAGAUUAAAACUUUUGAAGAACUUAGAUUUAUCUGAAAAUAUGAUGAAUGAAAUAUAUACGAGAACUUUUAUAGAUAUGUAUAAUCUUCAAAGUUUAAGUCUCUCUAAAAAUAACUUAUCUACAUUCGAUGAUUCUGUAGUAAAAGUUAUUCCAGGAUUGUUGAGAUUAGAUCUUAGUCAUAAUCAUAUUAAUACAAUAGAACAUACAAUAGAUAAAACUGUAACAAAAAUUAAAUUCUUAGAUCUUUCUCACAAUAGUAUAUUUAAUAUAUCUCAGAACUUUUUUGAUUCUCUAUCAAAUUUACAAUAUUUGGAUUUAUCAUUUAACAAGAUUCGCUCUUUGGAAAACAUUAACUUUGUAUAUUUAAAAUUUUUGGAAACUGUUUAUCUAAAUAAUAAUUUUCUUACGUCAUUAUAUGUGCAGAUAUUUCCAAAAUCAUUAACAAAACUUUUUGCUGGAUAUAAUUCAAUAAAAGAAAUAUAUUAUGAACCAUCUCGAAUUGAAGUACUAAGUGUAGAGUUCAACUACAUUUCUGAAGUACAAUCAAAUAUAACGUCAUUGGAAAAUUUACAACAUUUAAAUAUUAGUGGAAAUGAGAUAUCAAAUUUUCCAAACAUUUUACUUAAGAAUUUGAAAACUUUAGAUAUAUCUUACAACAAAUUAUAUUACAUUUCUAAAACAUUAUCUAUGAAAAAUUUUCCAUUACUAGCUCAACUUAAUGUGAGUAAAAAUCCUAUUCAAAAUUUAACAUUUUUCUCUGAUUUAAAAUUACGCUCAUUUGUUGCGAGUAAUAUAAGUGCAUUAUUAACUAUUGAUGAAAAUACAUUCACAAAACUGAUGUCGCCAUUAAACGAAUGUAUUAAUCUCACUAUAUCUAAUAAUGAAAAGUUAUAUUUUAUUCAUGAACAUGCUUUGGAUCAUUUAAAUUUAUGUUCGUUGGAUUUAAGUAAUAAUCAAAUCAGUUAUAUUGCACAAAAAUUAGCUGUACGCAAUACUAGUUUUUCAACGUACAGAUUGAAUUUACAAGGAAACCCAUUCAAAUGCAAUUGUUCAUUGCAAUGGAUGUUAAGUGAUGUAGUACCUAAACUAUAUUCUACACAUCCUGAUCUUCUAGUUAAUUUGAGAUGUGCUUGGCCUCCAAAAAUUUCAAACAUAAGAAUGGUACAUUGGUAUGGAUGGCACAAUGAAGUGUUUUGUAGCAAUAUGUCAGAUUUUAAUGAGGAACUCACAAUGAAUGUAGCUGGUGUAUUGACUGAUACUCAAGUGGUAACAUUUGACUCUAGUCCUGGUCUGCUUGCUGUUCUAGGAGUAACUAUUGGAGUACUAUCAAUUUUGAUGAUAGUAGGCAUUGUUUGGACUCAUAAACUAUAUAUGAAAAGGAGAAGAAGGAACAGAAAAUUUUGACAUUACGUACAAAUUUAUUUAUCUUUCAUGUUCUACAGAGAACAUGUAGAUGUUCUCCUUAUUUUAAAGAAUGUAACAUUUUGUAAAAAUAUGAUUUUCCUUUGCUUAAAAAACUGAUUAUUAAGUAUUUGUCAUAUAUAAUAAUAUAAUAUUUAUAAUAUUUUUUUAAUUGCUCUUGUUUUGAUCGAAUAAGCUGCCAUAAAUGUUUCAUAAGUAAACAUGAAUUGUAAUUCAAAUUACAUAUUUGUUAUAACUUAUUUAUACAUUAAAAUCAAUCACAUUAUAUAGUCACAAUAAAAUAUACUUCAGUAAUGGCA